UCGGCCCAUACUUCACGGGAUCAUUCUCGAGGCUGACGCUGUCCCUCCGCGUGGAUGUAGCUACCGCAUGAGCGAAGAGGAACUCGAGGUGCUUCGCGCACAACUCGAUGACCUUCUCGACAAGGGUUGGAUUCGCCCUAGUUGUUCGCCCUACGGUGCCCCUAUUCUCUUCGUCCGGAAGAAGAACAAAGAUCUACGGUUAUGGAUCGAUUAUCGCAAACUUAACGCACAAACCAUAAAGAACGCCGACCCUCUCCCUCGGAUUGAUGAUCUCCUUGAGCGGUUAGGCGUCGCGAUGUACUUCUCGAAGUUGGACUUGAAGUCGGGUUACCACCAGAUUGAAAUCCAGCCUCAAGAUCGGUACAAGACUGCGUUCAAGACGCGGUACGGGCAUUUUGAGUGGGUUGUCAUGCCCUUUGGCCUCACCAAUGCCCCCGCGACUUUCCAAGCAGCGAUGACGACUGAGUUUCGCGAUUUGCUCGAUCGCUGCGUCCUCAUCUACCUCGAUGACAUCUUGGUUUAUAGUCGGACGUUGGACGAGCACAUCGUACACCUUCACGUUGUUUUUGAUCGUUUGCGACUAGCGAAGUAUAAAGCAAAUCGCGACAAGUGCGAGUUCGCCAAGCAAGAACUUGAGUACUUGGGUCAUUUUGUCACGCCGAAAGGCAUUUGUCCCUUAGCGGACAAGAUCCAAGCCAUCGUGGAUUGGGCGGAACCCCGUUGUACGACGGAUGUUCGCUCUUUCAUGGGUUUGGCUGGAUAUUAUCAGCGAUUCGUCGAGUCAUACUCGAAAGUGGCCGCUCCUUUGUCGAGACUUCAGUACCCGAAGGUGCCCUUCGAGUUCGACGACGCAGCCCGUGGCGUGUUCACUACGUUGAAGGUAGCGAUGCAAGCCGCACCUGCCCUCCGUAUAUACGACCCCACCCUUCCCACCCAAGUGACUACGGACGCUUCGGGUUACGGUAUUGGUGCAGUGUUGGAACAAUGUCACGAAGACGGUUGGGACAAAGUGGCCGGUCAGAUCCGCAUGCAGCAGCAGGCUAACCGACGUCGAUUUCCAUAUCCUUUCCGCGAGAGAGACCUUGUUUGGGUCCUCUCCGAGGAAUUUGCGCUCAAGCAGGACGUCUCGGGCAAACUCCUUCCGAAAUGGUUCGGACCAUGGGAAGUCACUUCUGCCGUUGGAGACGACCCCACAGGUCCUUCCUUCGUGAUCAACAUUCCACCGCACCUUACAGUGCAUCGGGUCUUCCACGCGUCGAAGCUGGCCAUCUACACGCCACCUUCAGCUGACGAGUUCCCCGGACGUCGAUCACAUGAUCCGCCUUCUAUGGACGGACAUCGGGAAGUUGACCGAGUCAUCACGCACCGCAAGUAUGGCAACAAGCCCAUGCAGUGCAAAGUCACAUUCAAGCAAUGUGCGCCUGACGACACUCGGUGGAUCUUUAGUGCAGACUUGCAGACUUCUGCACCCCUGAUCUUCGCCAACUAUGAGAAGACAUGACUUGACAAGGCAGCAGCUCGUCCCACCCGACCCAUCCCGGUAUCGGACAGACAACUCCGCCCUUGCAAGUAGCUCGGUCUUUUAAGAG